AUGUCUCGAAAGAAGCAAGCACACAAACGAUCAUCUCAAAACAAAGAGCAAAAAUCAACACACAAACAGCCAAAGAAUGAAAUUGAUCAGAAGAGAGAUUCGACACAUAACAAUGUGAAGGCACCAUAUGAGAGAAAAGAAAACAAAUUCAAUUGUUUACAAGUCCCCGAAGUGGUGAUGAAUAUAUUUUCAUUUGCCAUUCAACCUGCUGUGUUGUUUAGAUAUAAUUUGGUGUGUCGGGUAUGGAAUCUAGUGGUAGACAGUGAAAACUUCUAUAACAAUUAUAUAAAGGAGCUGAAACCAGUGGAGGAAAUGGAUUUGAUCGAUAGAGUGUUCAUGUGGACUGAAUAUUGCUCAAUUUACGAGCCUAUUCUGUAUGAGCAUUAUUUGGAUUUUAAGAGAAGAAUGAUAAUAGCGUCUGAGAGUGAUAAAAGAGAUGUGCAUUUAAAGUUAAUCUCAAAAGAUGAAGUUUUCUCAUUCAAACUGAGUGCUAAUAAUGAUUACACCGUUAUUGAAAUUGAAUCUCUGCAACAACCUUCUUUUAAAUUUGUGUCACACAAGUAUUCUUAUUAUAGUCGAGUUGCAGACGAAAUUUUAGAAGAUUACUUGACUACCAACGAGAGAUACUUGAGCAAUUUCAAAGAAGCUCACUUUCCAAAUGUUCCCAAUAGUGGUUUUUAUUCAAUUCUUGAAAGUUUAGUGAUGGGUAGAUAUUGUGAAUUAUGUUGGUUCUUGAGAGAAUUGCAAUCCUAUACUUCCAGAUCCCAAGCUAUACAGAGCUAUUAUAACUUCACCAAUCCAGAUAAUAGCAUAUUGGAAAGAACUUUGGUUUAUCAAGACUGGGAACUCACUAGUAAGCUAGUGAAUAGAGGCCAUUUCAUUUCAAAGAGACAAUUGGAAAAUAUGGUUUGUAGACUUCCGAACUCGAAGCCAUUCGUUGCAAGAUUUGUUAUGACCUAUUUGAAAUUUAACAAAUUGAAUAUUGAGGACUAUUUCAAAGCUCCAUUAGAAACUCUAUUCGAUACUGGUACCUUUCAUCCUGGAGAAUUAUGUAAAAUUUUCAUUGAAGAAGGAGGUGUCAAAUGCCCAGAAGUUCUCAUAGAUAUUGUGGGAGAAAUAGGAAGUAUGCAAGUCAAUUAUGAAGCGCUCGACUAUCUGAAAAGUGUCUAUCCAUCACUGAUAUGUCCACUCGAUACCAGAUCCAUUAGAAAACAAAAGAAACCAAAUUUACGUUUCAUUUUCCAAGAUGAACCUCAAUAUAAGAAAGAAUAUGAUGUUCUAUACCUAUCAAAAAAUAUAGACAAUAUGUAUCAAUGUACUUUCCUUCCAAAUAGAUUUACAUCUCUAAAUUCUCAAGGACAACAUUCCAUAUUGAAAGAAAUGUGCAAUGGAAUAUUUGAUGCGAUUUUGUUUAGACCUGUAACAUUUGAUAAGGAUUUUAUAGAGACAAUAUUGAAAGAAAUCAAAGAGGUGGCUCAAUCUAAACCAGUUGCCUUGGUUUGUUUUUAUUCGAAGUUGUGUGAACAUCGUCAAAUGUUGAGAGAAUUAUUCAAACUAUUGAAAGAUGUGUAUUUAAUCAUUGAACAAGAACCCUAUCCAAGCUUUGCCCUUUACAAUAACAUCUUUCAACAAGACAAUUAUUGA